UCUAUCUCCUUAUAAAUACCUAAACCACAGGUCCGAGCUCAAACCCUCAACUCUCAAAACAGACCACACUAUAAAUAUUAAAAAAAUCAUCCCUACCUAAAACAAAAACCACCCCUAUUUCUCUCUCCUCCAUCUUCCACCUCCUCAUCUCGCAGUCGAGAGUAGUUGAAAGCACUAUAUGCUUCCAGUUAAGAGAGCAGUGGGAGGAGAGGCUGACGACGACGAAGUUCUGGAGGUCACCGCCUUCAACGUUGCUUUCAAGAAGCCUUGCUUGAUCUCAACCGCCGCUCCUGCUUCAUCUUCUACUUCGUCUUUUGUUGAUUUAACGGCAUCUGCUAACGGUAACGGAAAAGGAUCGGAAAACCGUGAAUCUGAGCUCUCGAGAAUGGGUUUCGGUGACAGAAGUAACAACAACAAUCCAAAUGACAUCGACGAAGAUUUGCACAGUCGUCAGCUCGCCGUUUAUGGCCGUGAGACGAUGCGCCGUCUGUUCGCCUCGAACAUCCUCGUUUCCGGCUUGCAAGGCCUCGGUGCUGAAAUCGCAAAAAAUCUUGUCCUUGCGGGUGUCAAGUCUGUGACAUUACAUGAUGAAGGAGUCGUGGAAUUGUGGGAUUUGUCCAGCAGUUUCACAUUUUCUGAGGAAGAUGUGGGAAAAAACCGCGCCCUUGUUUCUGUUCAGAAAUUGAAAGAACUGAAUAAUGCUGUAGUGGUUUCAACUUUAACCAGUGAAUUGACCAAGGAGAAGCUGUCUGAAUUUCAGGUUGUUGUGUUUACUAAUCUCAGUCUAGAUAAAGCAAUUGAAUAUGAUGAAUAUUGCCAUAAUCAUCAGCCCCCUAUUGCUUUCAUCAAGUCAGAAGUAUGUGGCCUAUUUGGCAGUGUCUUUUGUGACUUUGGGCCUGAGUUUACUGUAGUUGACACGGAUGGUAAUGAUCCACACGCUGGCAUAAUUGCAUCUAUCAGUAAUGACAAUCCUGCUCUGAUUUCCUGUGUGGACGAUGAGAGGCUUGAAUUUCAGGAUGGGGAUCUAGUAACGUUCUCAGAAGUCUGUGGGAUGACAGAAUUGAAUGAUGGUAAGCCUAGGAAAAUUAAAAAUGCCAGGCCCUACUCUUUCACUCUUGAUGAAGACACCACAAGUCUUAGCCCAUACGAGAAAGGUGGUAUUGUGACGCAGGUGAAGCAACCAAAGAUGUUAAAGUUUAAAACACUUCGUGAUGCUCUAAAGGAUCCUGGUGAUUUCCUACUUAGCGACUUCUCUAAAUUUGAUCGCCCACCUCUUCUUCAUCUGGCGUUUCAAGGAUUGGACAAGUUCGUCUCGGCAUUGGGUCGAUUUCCUGUUGCUGGAUCUGAGGAUGAUGCUCAGAAGCUGAUAUCUUUUGUUAAAGAAAUUAAUGAUAGUUCAGCUGAUGGUAAGCUUGACGAUAUUGACCAAAACUUACUUCGGCAGUUCGCUUUUGGUUCAAAGGCUGUUUUGAAUCCCAUGGCUGCAAUGUUUGGUGGCAUUGUCGGGCAAGAAGUUUUAAAAGCAUGCUCUGGGAAGUUCCAUCCACUCUUCCAGUUUUUCUACUUUGACUCCUUAGAAUCCCUUCCCACAGAACCCCUGGACCCAAGGGAUCUGAAGCCCUUGAACAGUCGAUAUGAUGCCCAAAUUUCUGUUUUUGGAGCCAAGCUCCAGAAAAAGCUUGAAGACGCAAAAGUGUUUGUUGUUGGUUCUGGUGCUUUGGGUUGUGAGUUUCUGAAAAAUCUGGCUUUAAUGGGGGUAUCUUGUGGAGGCCUAGGGAAACUGACAAUUACAGAUGAUGAUGUAAUAGAAAAGAGUAAUCUAAGCAGACAAUUUCUUUUCCGUGAUUGGAACAUUGGGCAGUCUAAAUCCACAGUUGCUGCAACUGCAGCUGCUGCUAUGAAUCCAGGUCUUCGUAUUGAAGCUCUUCAAAAUCGUGCAAGCCCUGAGACAGAGAACGUCUUCGAUGACAAAUUUUGGGAGAAUCUGAAUGUGGUUAUCAAUGCACUGGAUAAUGUCAAUGCCAGGCUUUACAUUGAUCAGAGGUGUGUGUAUUUUCAGAAGCCUCUCCUCGAGUCAGGAACCCUUGGUGCCAAGUGCAAUACGCAAAUGGUCAUACCUCAUCUAACUGAAAACUAUGGUGCUUCCCGUGACCCACCCGAGAGACAGGCACCUAUGUGCACUGUCCAUUCUUUCCCCCAUAACAUUGACCAUUGCUUGACGUGGGCAAGGUCUGAGUUUGAAGGACUUCUUGAGAAGACACCUGCUGAAGUAAAUGCCUUCCUGAACAACCCUGGUGAAUAUGCAUCAGCCAUGAGGAAAGCUGGUGAUGCUCAGGCCAGGGAGACCCUGGAGCGUGUGAUCGAGUGUCUUGACAAAGAGAAAUGUGACGACUUCCAGGACUGCAUUACCUGGGCACGUUUGAGGUUCGAAGACUACUUCUCAGACCGUGUGAAGCAGUUGACAUUUACAUUCCCUGAGGAUGCCGUAACCAGUACAGGUGCCCCAUUCUGGUCUGCGCCCAAACGUUUUCCACGGCCAUUGCAGUUCUCUGUUGAGGAUGUUAGCCACCUUCAGUUUGUGUUGGCUGCAUCUGUACUGCGUGCUGAGACUUUUGGUAUCCCAAUACCUGACUGGACCAGGUCUCCUCAAAAACUAGCUGAUGCUGUUAGUAAAGUGAUUGUUCCCGAUUUUGAACCAAAGAAGAAUGCGAAGAUUGUUACGGAUGAGAAAGCUACAAGCCUUUCAAAUGCUUCAAUAGAUGAUAGUGAGGUGAUUGAACAAUUGAUCUCAAGGUUAGAGAACUCCAGGGGCCAGCUCUCUUCUAGCUUCAGGAUGAGCGCAGUGCAGUUUGAGAAGGAUGAUGAUACCAAUUAUCACAUGGACAUGAUUGCUGGACUUGCUAACAUGAGGGCGAGGAACUAUGGGAUUCCUGAAGUUGACAAGCUCAAGGCGAAGUUCAUUGCUGGUAGGAUCAUCCCUGCAAUUGCAACAUCCACAGCCAUGGCCACAGGUUUUGUCUGUCUGGAACUCUACAAAGCCAUGGAUGGAGGGCACAAAGUGGAGGAUUACCGCAAUACUUUUGCCAAUCUCGCACUCCCACUCUUCUCAAUAGCCGAACCGAUCCCACCCAAAGUGAUCAAACACCAGGACAUGAGCUGGACAGUCUGGGACCGCUGGAUUCUGAAGGAUAACCCAACAUUGAGACAGCUCCUUGAGUGGCUUAAGAACAAGGGGCUUAAUGCUUACAGUGUCUCCUACGGUAGUUGUUUGCUGUACAACAGUAUGUUCCCGAGGCAUAAAGAUAGGAUGGACAAGAAGAUGGUUGAUCUUGCCAGGGAGGUUGCCAAGGCUGAGCUACCUUUGAACCGUUGGCAUUUUGAUGUGGUUGUUGCCUGUGAAGAUGAUGAGGACAACGAUGUUGAUAUUCCCCAGGUCUCCAUAUACUUCAAGUAGUUUACAUUGGUUGGUAUGGUAUGGUAUGGUAAGUAGGAUGCGGGACUUUUAACAGUACACUAGUCUAUCUUCUGUGCUGAGAGGUUAGCCAAAGCUUGGUGCUUUGUGAUAUAAAAAACACAAUGAUGCUGGAAAUUAUGAUCUCUAGACAUUUGGCUAUGGUUUGAUGCGGUUAAUGUUUCUAUUUUAA